AGAGUACUGGUAUCUCGAUCAAAAAUAUGACUUUGUGGUAGAUCAAAGUAUAAACCACGAAUUACAGAUUAACGUUGAUAUUACAGUAAAUACUCAAUGCCCUUAUUUGACGGUAGACGUGGUAGAUGUUGCUGGAGAGCGACUGCACAUGACAACCGAACUGGAGAAAAUACCGACGACCUUUGAAGUCAGAUCCGCUCAUUUGUUAAGUGAUAAUUAUAGUUCACGAUUAGAUUUUAGACAAAUGGUGAAAGCUGCCUCAAAUUUCAACCCAAUUCCUGAGAACGAUGAUGCCAAUGGGGAUACAAAGACAGCAUGCAGGAUUUUUGGAUAUUUAGAUGUCAAUAAAGUCACCGGUAAUUUGCAUAUUACCGCACUUGGCCAUGGAUAUGGAUAUGGAUUUUAUAAUACGGCUGAUGAAGAAAUGAAUUUCACACAUAGAAUUGAUGAAUUCUCAUUUGGAACUCUUUAUCCGCACCUAAUAAAUCCACUUGAUAAUAGUUUCGAGAUUGCCGAAGCUCAUGUGGAAGCUUUUAUGUAUUUUUUGUCAGUCGUCCCGACGACAUACAUAGAUAAUAGUAAUCAAGUUUUGUUAACUAAUCAAUAUUCAGUUACGGAAUAUUCUCGUAUCAUUGAUUCAUCAAAAGGAGGAAUCGGUGUUCCAGGAAUCUUCUUCAAAUAUGAUAUUGAACCAAUUUCUGUGCGAAUCAUCGAAAAUGGCUCAAGUUUUGUCACAUUUUUGGUAAGAUUAAGUGGACUCGUUGGUGGUAUUUGGGUAACAGCCGGAUUUGCGUUAAAAGUUGCGAAUCGGAUUUGGUCAUCAUUGCAAAAGACCAUCUCAAAUGAUAAUUACCUGACGAAUAAACUUAAUCAGUAA